AGCGCGGGAACAGGGCGCAGCAUGUUCGCGGCUGUCGGGGGCCUCGGGGGCCUCCGGCGCCUCCGUCUGGGGCGCAUCUUACGCUGGGCCCCGGGAGUGCACGGAGAAGCCGCGCCCCGGCCCAUCGCGCCUCUGCGGCCUCGGGGUCUGCCCCGCUACUGCAGCGGCCGGGCGGCCAGUGGCUCUGAGCCCCAAGGUCCAGUCGGUUCCUCCGCAGCAGGAAAGGUCCACCGGGUCCCCGCCGAGUACAAGCCUUCGCAAUUCGAUAAGAAAAUCCUGCUGUGGACCGGGCGUUUCAAAGCGAUGGAGGACAUCCCGCCUCGGAUCCCCACAAACCUAAUUUGGUAUAGCAGAUCAAAGCCAGAUGGAUGGGUAAAAAAGAUCGUAUCUUCUAGGCUCCAUCUGGAACAAAAGUCAGCAACAAGUAUAAUCUAAUAAAGUCUUCAUAUUCACCUGUUUGCAACUAACAUCUUAAAACGUACAUUAAUCUGUCUCAAAUUUAAGGAAAACAGGCUAGAUAUUGGCUUGCUGUGCUCUUUAAACUGGUGGAAAAGUUAAAAAAAAAUUUUCAUUUUUAAAAGAAAUUGCAACUUGUCUUUCUGAAAUUUUUUUUCAAUGUAACCACAUUCUGUUUAAACUUGACAUUAGAUAAGAAAGAAUACUGCUGCAUACAUUCUCAAGAAUCAUUCUUUAAUCAUGCGUAUCUAUAAACUACCACUUCGUAUUAUUGCAAAUUGUUAAAGUUUAUUUCAGUAUAAAAGGCCUACAGACACGAUUAGGUUUGUAACCCUGAUUUGUUAAGUAGCAUUGCUAAAAUCUUAAACAACUUGCCUGUAACUUUAUAUUAAUAAAUAAGUUUCCCCAGUAUUCA